GAUUGAUAUGUAUGUUGGAGGAACUGAUGACCUCAUGGGCUUCAUUUUGAUAUUUCCGUUCUUAACGGCUGAGGAUAAAGAGAAACAACGUGCUGUUAUAGUUCAAAAGGCAACAGGCAGGUAUUUCCCAGCAUAUGAAAAGGUUUUGAAAGACCACGGGCAGGACUUUCUUGUUGGCAACAAUUUUAGCUGGGCAGACGUUCAUCUUUUUGAAGCCAUUUUAAUGGUAGAAGAGAAGCAGUCAGACGUGCUCUCAGGCUUUCCUCAGUUACAGGCAUUCAAAGCAAGGAUGAGCAGCAUCCCCACAAUCAAGAAAUUUCUAGAGCCAGGAAGCCAGAGAAAACCAGUUCCUGAUGAUAAAUACGUGGAGACUGUGAGGAGAGUUCUGCGCAUGUAUUACGACAUAAAAGCGAAUUAG